GCCAAUGUAUUUUUCGUGCUGGGGUGUCGUUAAACAUUCAUUCAUUCAUUCAUUCAUUCAAAACUGCUAAAGAAUACUGGCACAUUUAGGUCCAUAAACAUUGUCAAAUGAUUUAUCUUAAUAAUUAAAUACACAUUAUUUAUUUAAACAAAAUGUAUAAAUGUGUAAGUUAUUUAACCUAGUGUCGUAAUUCAACAUAACAAACUGCGAAACACAGCAAAAACGGACAUCCUUAUAUUUGCAUAGCGAGGGGGGUGGGCACGGUGGUCAUACCCCCUCCUCCAAUCGAACCUUUUUUUUACUGUAUUAAAUUAUAUAAAAUCAUACAUACAGUGUGGGUUUCCACCCCCACCCCACCCAUUCAUUCUAAAACAUUGGCUACGCUAGUGUAUUGUAAAAAAAAAUUGUUUGUUCUUACUCUUAUCUGUUUAAAUUCAUAUUUUUCUUUAAAAUCCCGAUCACAAGUGUUUAAACUGUGCAUGUGAUAGCGGUCCUAUAGUAUAUCACAUGCUCUCAAAGGUUGAAGACGAAAAUAGGUUACUCACGUAAUCAUGUUAUGGGACGAUAAAUAUACACUUACGUCUAUAGUAAAGUUAGCACACCUCGGACUUUUGAUAUGUUAUUACUAAAGUUAUUGUGCAACUAUCCUGAAACAUUCAGCUCUGUAAUAUUUCUGGGUUGAACACUAAUUUUGACCGAGUGUUCCUGGACUAAUAUGUAUAUUUUUGUUUAUUAGUAUUAUUUUUUAAAAUUAUUUCCAGGUAAACCAGCUACGACAACCAUUGACUGCAUGGGAUCCGGAAUUGAAGGGCAGAAGACAGAAUUAAAGUGUAUGGUAAAUGGAACUGUACAGUCAGGAAUACAGUGGAAUGGACCACUUAAUAAUGAGACCGUCUCAUGUAACAAUCUACAGACGAUAUGUAUGACGUCUGGAAAAUUCAUUGACCGCUACACCGGUGUGAUCGAUUCACCCGAACAAAACACGUUGAUCAUAGAGUCUUUCAAUUCAACAACUGACGCUGGUACAUGGUCGUGCUCUGAUGGAGUGGGUGCCCCACUAUCGUAUUGUAACAAGACCAUCGAAAGUAAACAAGCUAAAACAUCCAUUGACUGUAUGGAGCCCGGAAUCGAAGGCCAGAAGACCGAAUUAAAGUGUUUGAUAACUGGAAUUGUAUGGUCAGGAAUACGGUGGGUUGCACCACUGAAUCAAGAGGCAGUCCAAUGUAACUAUCCACAGACGAUAUGCAAAACGUCUGAGAAAUUCACUGACCGCUACACCGGUGUGAUCGAUUCGCCCCAACAAUACACGUUGAUUAUAGAGUCGUUCGAUCCAAACACUGACGCUGGAACAUGGACGUGCUAUGAUGGACGGGGUGUCCAACAAUCAUAUUGCAACAAGACCAGCGGAAAACCUGACAGUGAGAGUGAGCGCAUGUCUGGCUUAGGAACAGGUGCUAUAUCUGGAAUUGUGAUCGCUGUUGUGUUGGCUGUUGCUAUACCCACGGGUUGGAUAGUGUACAAGAGAAAGAAGCAUGCCAAAGGUGAAGAUGGGCAGAACGCACAAACGUCCCAAAACAAAAAUGAAUUUGACAAACCUGGCUUCUCAAAUAUCCCUAUCUAGUACUGGAAUACUAAAGAAAAAAAUGGCUAUAAAUUCCACAACUUAACAGUGUUUCUCUUUAUUUAAAAAUAUAUUUGUAAACGAGCUUAUUAAACUGUGUCUAAAAUGGAUCCUAUUUGGAACUGAACUGUUUCUCUUUAUUUAAAAAUAUAUUUGUAAACGAGCUCAUUAAACGGUGUCUAAAAUGGAUCCUAUUUGGAACUGAACUGUUUCUCUUUAUUUAAAAAUAUAUUUGUAAACGAGCUCAUUAAACUGUGUCUAAAAUGGAUCCUGUUUGGAACUGAACUGUUUCUCUUUAUUUAAAAAAAUUUGUAAACGAGCUCAUUAAACGGUGUCUAAAAUGGAUCCUAUUUGGAACUGAACUGUUUCUCUUUAUUUAAAAAUAUAUUUGUAAACGAGCUCAUUAAACUGUGUCUAAAAUGGAUCCUGUUUGGAACUGAACUGUUUCUCUUUAUUUAAAAAUAUAUUUGUAAACGAGCUCAUUAAACUGUGUCUAAAAUGGAUCCUGUUUGGAACUGAACUGUUUCUCUUUAUUUAAAAAUAUAUUUGUAAACGAGCUCAUUAAACUGUGUCUAAAAUGGAUCCUGUUUGGAACUGAACUGUUUCUCUUUAUUUAAAAAUAUAUUUGUAAACGAGCUCAUUAAACUGUGUCUAAAAUGGAUCCUGUUUGGAACUGAACUGUUUCUCUUUAUUUAAAACUAUAUUUGUAAAAAGGCUUAUUAAACUAUGUCUAAAAUGGAUCAUAUUUGGAACUAAACAGUGUUUUUAUUUUUAUUUGAAAAUAUAUUUGUAAACAAGCUUAUUAAACUAUGUCUUAAAUGGAUCAUAUUUGGAACUGGAUAUGUUUCGGGCUCACACCUCUGGGGUGUAGUAAUGUGGGGUACUAGAUGGCACCCCUAUAUUUGGCAACAUCAUUCCACCAGUGAGUAUUGUGUCAUUUUCACCAGUGAUAUUUGUCAGGUAGAUAUAAAUAACUGUUUCCAAACACCUGUGCAAAUUGUUCAGCGUACCAAUGUAUAUCAUAAGUUACUAUUAUGGUGAGACAGUGCGCUAUAUCAUUUUAUUGAGUAAGCAAAAUGUUCAAAAUACACCCAUGUAAGAUACAUCACCUUUACCAAACAUUUUCUUUGUGGGCAGACCCAAAUCGACCAACCUCUAAAAUUGAAUUGAAUAAUCAAAUGAAACUUGGUUGAAAAUGACCGACACUCUACUCUGUCCCAGAUAACGUUGUUUUAACGCAUGCCAUGGUGCACCCUCUGCAUUUAGUGUUGUGUAAUUGUUGAACGACCCCUUGCAAGUGAGUUACUGUAGUAAGCAUCUAACGAACAGCAUUGAAUUAAGAUACCGUAUCUGUACAUCUUCUGUGCCAAGUUGGACAAGAACAUGUUUAGUUAUUCACUUAAAGCAGUAAGCCAUCCAAUGUUGUCAAUGUAUUUUGUAAGUUCAGAAGAGAUAUAAAUUCUUGUUUCUUUGUUAACACGUUGAAAGUUCACUUGUUCAUCAAAAAGUUGUUUUUUUGUUGUUGUUUUUUUAGCAAAGACACCAGUUUAACAUUU